UCUUUCCGCUGCCUUCGGGUCGCUGUGGGCCGUGUUGUGGGUACUGCUGCCUUCCCAAAGCCGCGAGGGAUUCACGAGGGGCUGUCGGAGCCCCAGGCGAGCGGGGAUGGAUGUGCUCGGGAGGGAUUCCCGGCCCCGCUCCGUGUCCCCGGCCGGAGCAGCCGGGCCGGUCCCUCCGUGCCCUCUGCUGCCUCCGGCUCUCCUCUCAGCUCUCUCGGCCAUUUGGUUUUGAGCUCUUGGAGCUGCUGCUCCCGGUUCACGGCAGGGAAUGUCCCCAGCCGGCACAGGAGACGCUUUUUGGUGUUUGCCCUGGAAGCAGAAGGUGCUGGCUGCUCGCUUUGAGGCAGAGAGUUCUGCCGCAUCGACAAGGCCCUGUGCCACGACGAGGACGAGCAGCUCAGCUUCGAGGCCGUGCGCAACAUCCACAAGCAGAUGGACGACGACGCCAACGGCAACGUGGACGUGGAGGAGAGCGACGAGUUCUUGAGGGAAGACUUGAAUUACCAUGACCCAGCAGUCAAGCACAGCACUUUCCAUGGAGAAGACAAGCUCAUCAGUGUGGAAGAUCUCUGGAAGGCCUGGAAGACAUCCGAAGUGUACAACUGGACGGUGGACGAGGUGGUUCAGUGGCUCAUUUCCUACGUGGAGCUGCCCCAGUACGAGGAGACCUUCCGCAAGCUGCAGCUGAGCGGCCACGCCAUGCCCAGGCUGGCAGUGAACAACGCCACCAUGAUGGGGACUGUGCUCAAAAUGACCGACCGCAGCCACCGGCAGAAGCUGCAGCUCAAGGCUCUGGACACGGUGCUCUUCGGGCCUCCUCUGUUGACUCGUCACAACCACCUCAAGGACUUCAUGCUGGUGGUGUCCAUCGUCAUCGGCGUGGGCGGCUGCUGGUUCGCCUACAUCCAGAACCGCUACUCCAAGGAGCACAUGAAGAAGAUGAUGAAGGACCUGGAGGGUCUCCACAGGGCUGAGCAGUCUCUCCAUGACCUACAGGAGAGGCUGCAGAAGGCGCAGGAGGAGCACCGCUCGGUGGAGGUGGAGAAGGUGCACCUGGAGAAGAAGCUGCAGGACGAGAUCAGCAUUGCCAAGCAGGAGGCACACAGGCUGCGGGAGCUGCGCGAGGGCACCGAGAACGAGCUCAGCCGGCAGAAAUACGCUGAGCAGGAGCUGGAGCAGGUGCGGAUGGCGCUGAAGAACGCCGAGAAGGAGCUGGAGUCCCACUGCAGCUGGGCCGCCCCCGAGGCUCUGCAGAAGUGGCUGCAGCUGACCCACGAGGUGGAGGUGCAGUACUACAACAUCAAGAAGCAGAACGCAGAGAAGCAGCUGCUGGUGGCCAAGGAAGGGGCUGAAAAGAUCAAAAAGAAGAGAAACACCCUUUUUGGAACGUUCCAUGUCGCUCACAGUUCCUCUCUGGAUGAUGUUGAUCAUAAAAUCUUAACUGCAAAACAAGCUCUGAGCGAGGUGACGGCGGCGCUGCGGGAGCGGCUGCACCGCUGGCAGCAGAUCGAGCUCCUCUGCGGCUUCCAGAUCGUCAACAACCCCGGCAUCCACUCCCUGGCCUCCGCCCUCAACAUCGACCCGGGCUGGAUGGGCACGCCCCGGCCCAACCCCUCCCACUUCAUCAUGACCGACGACGUGGAUGACCUGGACGAGGAGCUGGUGUCACCCAUGUCCAUGCAGUACGCAGCCUGGCUUUUUGGGCGCAGGUUCAGCGACCGCUCCUCGCUGUCCUCGGAGGAUCAGUCCCUCUGGAAAUACCCUGCUCCGGCCUUGCCCAGCACAGUCCGGCAGCGCCUGGUGGAGCCGCAGCACGGCCACGGAUCGCAGAGGUUGGUAGAGAGUCCCGUGCCAGGGCAGCCCGAGGCCGGCCCCGUGGCCCCGCUGCGGGCGGGCCGAGUGUCCCUGCGCCGAAUGCACAGCCUCAGCUCCGGACAGUCCUUCAGCUCCGACCCGCCCGGCUCCACCUCCUCCACCUCCUGCUCCUCAUCCACCACCACCGCACCUGCUCCUGCUUGCCAUGUCCACCCUAUCUAUUACCAUCACACCACCUCUUAUUUCCUCCAGAUGGAUUCCAUCCCCGACCUGCCCCCUCCUGAUGUCACCUCUGGAGUUCGCUGUCGCACUGGGAGCUUUGGAGAUUUAACUCGCUGCGACUCCGACUCCUCCAUCCCGCACCUGAGCGACCACCAGCGUAUCCCCAGCUCGGCGCCCAAGCUGCUGGCUGCCCGGCCCACGCUGCUGAGCCGCUCCAUGGAGGAGGCUGUCCCCGGGCCCCCGGGCCCCGGCGCGCCCACCCCCAACGGCGGCAGCCGGCACGGGGAGCCCCCCGCCCUGGCGGCUUUACAGGAGCGGCUGCCCGAGAGCCCCAUGGUGAUGAAGAAGAUGAUGAUGGUGAAUCACGGCAUGGAGAAGUCCUCCAGCCUGGGGGAGAUCAGCCACCCGACGGCCGGCAAGCCCAGCCACUCGGAUUCGUCCCGGUCGCACAGCCCCAGCUCCACCGACCCCGACACCCCCUCCCCCACCUCUGACUGCCGGCCCAGCGGCGCCAGGAACACCCGCAUCCCGCAGCUGGCCGCCAAGAAGAGCCCGGGGGACGAGGACAGCAGCCUGACGGGCGACGAGGUUGACCCCGGCCAGAGCAAGAAAAAGUUCCCCCUAAAGAUCUUCAAGAAGCCCAAGAAGUAGGGAGUGGGGGGGACACCCCCGGACGCGUCCCGCCGGGCCCGGGGCCGGCCGUGCACCGGGAACCCAGCGCCGGCACGGGAGGAGCUAUUUAAACUUAUUUAUUUCCCGAUCUCCGAGACGAAACAGCGCCAGGCCGCCGGCUCCCCGGGAGAAGAGCCGCCCCUGCCCUCCCCUCCGACCGCUGCGGUCCCGGCUUUGCUGUGCAUGGCUUCCAGUUACUCCUGCUCUGCUCAGCCACGCGGCCUUUGGGUUUGUUUUCAAUGUGGUUUUAUUUUUUUUUUUUUUUAAUUUUAUUUUCUAUUGUUGUUAUUAAUUUGUUUUCCUGCCUCCAACUUUUGCACAGGCUGAUGGAGGCUCGGGGCGGCGCCGGCUGCUCCGCGCUCCCCCCGGGGUGACUCCGGUCGCAGCGGUUCUCCCUCAUUUCUCCGAGUCACUUUUCCACCCCGGCCCCCACGGCCGCGGCCCUGGGAAGGGGAUCCAUCCCCUCCUGGGCGGCCCUGGCUGCGGGGAGCAGGGGAGGACUCUGCCCUUGCCGGUACUCGAGUGUCCCGGUCCCCAGCGCUCUGCCCCGUGCCCGGGGAGGUUGGGGCGCGGCGGGGAGGAGCCCACGCCUGUCCCCGGCUUUGCUUCCCCGGGCAUCCUCCCCAUCCUCCGAGCCCCGGGGACCCGGCUGAGGACCCCGGUGACAAGGGACAGUGAGGGAAGGGCCAUGCCGAGGGGUGUGGGUGCAGAGCCAGGUCCAGCUGCCACAGCCACACGAAGAGGAGGGGGCUCCCGGGAGCAGGGCCUGUCCCCUGUGCCCGUGUCCCCUGUGCCCGUGUCCCCUGUCGUGGCUGGGGAGGGAGUGGGACACAGCGGGGCUCUGCAGGGCAGGGACAGGCUGUGCGUGGGGGACAGAGCCACGACAGAGCCGUGCCCCGGAGCAGGCCGGGUGCUGCUGGCUCUGUGCCCUCCCGAGGUUCGCAGGAGGCUCACACAGGCAGUGUCCCCCUUGUCCCGAGGCCACACGCCGGGGUGUCCCCGGCUGUGUCAGCCCGUGGCCGCUGCCAGCACAGCCUGACCCGGGUCUCGAUCUGUCCUGAGCUGCUGCCAGGGGCUCUCCCGUCCUCCCUCAGCACACUGUGGGUCACAUCCUGCUGCUCGGGUGUCCCCCGUCGCAGCCCAGGCCACUGAGGGGGUCCCCACUCCGGGCAGCAACUGUGGCUGAGUCCCACUCCCUCCGAGGGCCAGGGCCGGGUCCCAGGGCUGAGCCCUGCCCCAUCCCAGGGGAUGAGCCCUGCUCCAUCCCUGGGCCCUGCCCCAUCCCAGGGCUGAGCACCGCUUCACCCCCUUGCCCCCCUCUCCCAUCUCCUCCAGGAGCAUCCCCCAGCCCUGGGGCUGCCAGGGGGACCCCCAAGCCCCCUCCCACCCCACUCGAGGUGGUUCCCUGGUGCCACAUGACCCCCGAGCCCAGGGUCCCUGUCCUCAGCCCCCCGACCACCAUCCCGUGCAUCCUUGGGGGUGGGGAGGGGCUGCUCCUGGCGAGGCAGAGGAGGCCUGGCCGGAUGCCGAGAGCCCCCGGGGCCUUGCUUUAUGCCAGAGUAAUAUAUUUGUGUCUUGACAAUUCAGGAAGGGCUACAAAGGCGUUUUUUGUUCUGUAGGUGGGAGUUAAACAAUUUCACUGUUGCUUUGGGAUAAGUGAAAAAUUCCUCUUAAUGACUUUAAGUGCCUGCAUUUCCCUGGGGACGGGGGGGACACUCUUGGCCCCACAGGCAGGGCUGCUGCCUGGGCACCCCGAUCCGUGGGCACCCCGAUUCCCGGGCACCCUGAUCAGUGGGCACCCUGAUCCGUGGGCACCCCGGUCUAUGGGCACCCCGAUCCAUGGGCACCCCGAUUCCCAGGCACCCUGAUCCAUGGGCACCCUGGUCUGUGGGCACCCCAAUUCCCGGGCACCCCGCUGUCACGGGCAGGGCCCCCUGGGAGCGGGGCCAGCAGGGUCGGGGCCGGAGCUGCUUGUGGUGGCAGAGACCUGUGGAUGCUUCUGGAGAAGGGGUUGGGGAUCCCCCAAACGACAACUGUUGACGCAUCUGCCAACUCUUGAUUUAAGGUGUUUUUUUGUUUUUGUUUUUGUUUUGUCAUUUCAUAAAACUUUUCAAUCCAAUAAAGCAUGUAGUCUAUUUUA